UCUUAUUUUUAACUGCGGUGACAGUGGCUUCAUGCCGGCCCACGGGAAACGGAACAUCUAGCCUACUGGUUUAAAUUCAUCAACUUUUGCACAAACCAAUAGAAGCAGCACGGAGCAGGGGCGCAGCAAGCCUCCACUGUAAACAUGAGUGUUUUAUACAUCGUUCUUCUCUUCACUUUCUCCACAGGUGUGUUUUCUGCGCUGCAUCCAAAAAAGAUCAGAUGCAACUACGACUCCAAGUACAAGGACAGUGCCAAAGUGUGGUGCAAACAGAACACUUCGCUGUGCUGCGAUGGAUUCGCGCUUAACGGGAGCUGCGUGACUAUGAACCAAGGCAAGGGGCAGCUCGUGGACCUCAAGGACGAGGGGGUCUUCCUCGUGGAGCUGAGCGCGUUCACCAGCGCCGAACAGGGUGUCUACUGGUGCGCUGUGAUGGACGGGGACGCGAUCAUCAAACUCCAGGAAUUCAAACUCUUUAAUGAAUUAAACGCUUGGGACUUCUUGAGAUAUGUUUUCGCGGCCAUCAUGCUCCUUGUCACUGUCUCAGUCACACUGGUUGCAAACAGAAAUGCUGCAAAGAAGCGCUCUGCAGAUCCCGUUAAUGACCAGGUUGAACUCUCUGCGCAGCAGAACGCGGCCAGAUCCCGCGAGAGUUAGAGUGAAGCACUGCGAGUCUCAGAGCUGUAGCGGUGCUGUCAGCGGUGGAACAUGAUGAGGUCAUAUUCGACAUGUGUUUGUUACUCGAAUGUUUUUCAGUAAAAAUAAAAAUAAUAAUAAAAAAAUGAUCUGGUUUCAGAUGGGCGUUUGUGUCCUAAGCAGCAGUGUGGAGUAGUGGUUAGGGCUCUGGACUCUUGACCGGAGGGUCGUGGGUUCAAUCCCAGGUGGGGGACACUGCUGCUGUAUACUUGAGCAAGAUACUUUACCUAGAUUGCUUUCAGUAAAAACCCAACCCUGUAAAUGGGUAAUUGUAUGUAAAAAAAUAAUGUGAUAUCUGUAUAAUGUGAUAUCUUGUAACAAUUGUAAGUCGCCCUGGGUAAGGGCGUCUGCUAAGAAAUAAUAAUAAUAAUAACAGUACAACAGCUCAUAAGUAAAGAACAGGCAGUUUCUGCAUUGUAAUCUUCGGAUGGUAGAACUUUCCAUCUCCAAACUGGGGCAUUACUGCACUUGUAUUUGCAAUUACAGACCACUAGAGGGAAGCAGCGUGCGGCAACUUUUUUUCUAGUCCUAAAGAUGCUGUACGUGCGUUGGUGUAAUGUUUUCUCAAUAAUUGAUAACUUUUCAACAUGUUAUAUUGCCAGUGCAGCUGUAUGCUGUCUAGAAUAAUAUAGAGCAACGUCUCCCAAACAAUCUAAAAAAUACGACGUGCAGUGCACACUGUUGUUUCCACGGUUCUGUACAUUGCGUGUUGUUUACAGUGCUAAUGUUUUUUAAUUGAUGUGAGUAUAUUUGACAUAGUGACUGCAGUCUGUUAUUUGAAUGCAUUAAAAUGCUCUCAGCAGAGGCAUAUAUGAAAUCAGCUGAACAAAGUACAUUUACUUUUAGUAUGU